AUUGUUUUGUUUUUGUUGUUGUUGUUGUUUCGGUGCACAAAAGUGUGAUAAAGAUAAAAGACAAGUGAGAAGCGUUAUACGUGACUGGCACGAGGCGCGUGCGUGUGAGCGAGAUCGCAGGCGCAACUGUGCUGAAUACUGUCGAGGAGCGAGUACAAGAACAAGAGCGAGACCCGAAGACGAAAUUGAAAAAGAAGAAGAAACUGAGUAGGAAGAAAGGCAACGGCGGGCUGACAGUGGCGGCGGCUAUUUUAUGAUUGCCCCUUGAUUUAUGCCUUCUGCCUUAAAACGCGGCUCGACAACGCGAAAUGCAUUAAGUGACACGCACAUACACACGCGCGCGCGCACACACACACACACAUCAUUGUGUGUGGGUGUGUUUGAGUGUCGCGCCACACCGCGCCUUGUGCUUUAAAUUGCCACCUCCCCCUUUCCAUUCGAUCAAAUAGUACCAGCAGCCCCCUGUCGACGCCCCCACCCUCCCCUGUGCUAAGAUCUUCACGACAAUUGAAAAUAACGCGCGUUUAUAUAGAAGCUUAAAGCCAGCUACAUGCUGUGCGUGUGUGUGUGCGUGUAUAUGUGUGGGUGGCUGGUUGCCUGUGUGCGGCUAAGCCGCGACUAAAGCGCAGAGCAGAGACGCAAGACUAAGACGGAGACAGCAAGAGGGGACGCCACCAACACCACCAAGCCAGGCAGGCAAAUCAACACCAUUGAAGUGGAAGCGACAGAGAUUGAGAUUGAGAUUGCGUUUCAUAUAGCGGCCGCAGCGCAGUUUACGAGUGUCCAUCACCACUACAACACCGUGCAGCAAUGGAAGACUCUUGGGGUCUUAGCAGCACUACGGAUAUAAAUUGCACUCAGCCCGCCAUUGAUGAUUUCCCCAGAGAUCUAUUCACGGAGGCGCAAAGACAGUCCGGUGCUGUUGUACUUCAUGUUAUAGCCAGUUUAUAUUUAUUUGUAGCAUUAGCAGUAGUAUGUGAUGAGUACUUUGUGCCAGCUGUUGAGAAAAUAUGUGCAGCACUCAAUAUGUCCAAUGAUGUGGCGGGCGCCACGUUUAUGGCCGCGGCCACAUCGGCGCCGGAGCUCUUUGUCAAUGUGAUAGGCACAUUUAUCACGGAGGGCGACAUCGGAGUGGGCACCAUUGUUGGCUCCGCGGUAUUCAACAUACUCGCUGUGGCCGCCUGUUGCGGCAUCGGUGCUGGCAUGACUAUACCCUUGGAUUGGUGGCCUCUAACGAGGGAUAGCAUCGCCUAUGGCAUUACGGUCGCCAUUCUCAUCUGUGUGAUGCACGAUGAGCGCGUCGAGUGGUAUGAAGCAUUGAUUCUGGUAUCGCUCUAUGCGGUCUAUUUGGCAGUCAUGUAUUUCGAUAAAUCCUUUCAAAAGUGCGCCAAGGGUGGCGUUAAGCAGGCGCGUUCGCGCAGCCGCUCCUCCAACUGCAGCAUACACACAAAGAACAGCAAUGAAAAGGAACCAGAGCUUGUGGAGAAUCGCAUUUGCCACAACAUGGCCAGCAUUCAGCUGAAUGGUGGCCUUAACAACGAUCAGGCCAAGGUCAGUAGUGGAACAGCAGCUGCAGCUGCAGCUGGCUCAGCUGGCUCAGGUGCUGGCGCAGCAGCUGCAGCUGGCGCUGCUGCUGCAGCUGUGCCUGGAGCUGCGCAGGGAGCUGCAGCUGGAACUGGCACUGGCACUGGAACUGGAACUGGAACUGGAACUGGGGGUGUCAUUGCACCCGUUGCCAUCAUGGACAAUGCGGAUGCCGAGGCACAAUUGGCAGUUGUUGCUGCGGCAGCAGCUGCCGUCGAGGAGCCCGAACAGGAGGGCUACUCACUGUUGACAUACCCGAAGGGCACCAGCUGCUUUGCCCAGUUCACCUGGAUCAUUAUCUGGCCGAUCCACCUGCUCUUCCGCAUCGCGAUACCCGAUUGCAAAAAGGCCAAAAAUAACAAAAUCUUUCCGCUAACCUUUAUCAUGUGCAUUGUCUGGAUUGGAUCGCUGUCUUACUUCGUUGCGUGGAUGAUAACCAUAAUUGGCGAUACACUUAAGAUACCCGAUUCGGUAAUGGGCAUUACGUUCCUGGCAGCCGGCACCAGUGUACCCGAGGCAGUGUCCAGCGUGAUUGUGGCCAAGCGCGGUCAUGGUUCGAUGGGUAUUUGCAAUUCGAUUGGUUCGAACACGUUCGAUAUACUGCUGUGCCUGGGCGUGCCCUGGCUGAUAAAAGCGGUCUUCUUUCCGAUACAGCCCGGCCAGAACUACGUGGCCAUCAAUUCGGCUGGCCUCGAAUACUCGGCCAUCACACUGCUCUCGACGCUCUUUCUGCUCUAUCUGACAUUCUCGAUGAACAAGUUCAAGCUGGACACGAAGGUGGGCAUCGCGUGCCUGGUCAUCUAUUUGGUAUUCAUGAUAUUUGCCUCGCUCAUCGAGCUCAAUGUGUUCUUCCGCGUCAAUCUGCCAACAUGCGGACGUUCAUGAGCUGGAGUUGAAGUUGGAGUUGAAGUUGGAG